AUGUCAGUGGUAGGCAUUGAUCUGGGUUUUCAAAAUUGUUACAUCGCUGUUGCCAGGAGCGGUGGCAUUGAAACCAUUGCCAAUGAAUACAGUGACAGAUGCACACCGGCUUGUGUGUCUUUGGCCUCCAAAAACCGCAUAAUUGGAAAUGCAGCCAAGAGUCAAGUGAUAACAAACUUCAAAAAUACAGUUCAUGGCUUCAAAAAGUUCCACGGCAGAGCAUUUGAUGACCCAUUUGUUCAAGUGGAAAAACCCAAACUGCCUUACAGCUUACAUAGACUGGCCAAUGGAAACACUGGAAUUAAGGUGCGUUAUUUGGACGAGGACAAAGUGUUCACAGUCGAGCAGAUCACAGGGAUGCUGCUCAAUAAGCUGAAGGAGACGUCAGAGAGCGCCCUGAAGAAGCCGGUGGUUGACUGUGUCAUCUCUGUCCCGAGUUUCUUCACAGAUGCAGAAAGACGAUCGGUGUUGGACGCAACUCAAAUCGCAGGGCUGAACUGUUUGCGGCUAAUUAAUGACACCACUGCAGUGGCUUUGGCCUAUGGGAUCUACAAACAGGACCUUCCUACUCCAGAAGAGCGGCCUAGAAACGUGGUAUUUGUGGACAUGGGGCAUUCAUCAUUCCAGGUCUCAAUCACAGCUUUCAACAAAGGCAAACUCAAGGUCCUUGCCACAGCCUUUGACCCCUACCUUGGUGGGCGCAAUUUCGACGAGGCGUUGGUGGAUUACUUCUGCGAGGAGUUUAAGGGCAAGUACAAGCUCAACGUGAAGGACAAUCCCAGGGCUCUGCUGCGGCUGCACCAGGAGUGCGAGAAGCUGAAGAAGCUCAUGAGUGCCAACUCCUCCGACCUGCCUCUCAACAUAGAGUGCUUCAUGAAUGACAUUGACAUUUCCAGCAGGAUGAACAGGGGUCAUUUUGAAGACAUGUGCGCUCAGUAUCUGAUGAGAGUAGAAAUGCCACUGAAAGCAGUCCUUGAACAAUCAAAGCUCAGCCGGGAUGAUAUCUAUGCAGUGGAAAUAGUUGGAGGCGCCACGAGAAUCCCGGCUAUCAAAGAGAGGAUCUCCAAGUUUUUCUGCAAAGACAUCAGUACCACACUCAAUGCAGACGAAGCUGUAGCAAGAGGCUGUGCACUUCAGUGUGCCAUUUUGUCUCCAGCGUUUAAGGUGCGUGAAUUCUCCAUCACUGAUGUGGUUCCCUUUCCCAUUACACUUCGCUGGAAAUCACCAACAGAGGAUGGACAAGGAGACUGUGAAGUGUUCACUAAGAAUCAUGCGGCUCCGUUUUCCAAAGUGAUCACCUUCCACAAGAAGGAGCCCUUUGACCUUGAAGCCGUCUACAGUAACCCCCAAGAUUUCUCAUACCCAGACCACAGGAUAGGAUGUUUUUCGGUACAGAAUGUGGUUCCCCAGCCAGAUGGAGACAGCUCUAAAGUAAAGGUCAAAGUGCGGGUCAAUGUCCAUGGCAUCUUCAGUGUAUCCAGCGCUUCUCUGAUUGAGAAGCAGAAAGGAGAGGGAGAGGACAUGCAAAUUGACUCUGAGCCAAUGGUGCAGAAUGAAGGCAGAGCAGAGGAUCAGACCAAAAUGCAGGUGGAUCAGGAAGGCCAAAGCCAGGGGGAUCAGCAAAAUGAGGAAAACAGCUCCAGCACUAAGGAGGGUGCCUCCGGGGAAAAGCAGGAACCAGCAGCAGGGGGAAGCAAGCCCAAAGUCAAGGUGAAGAGUAUUGAUCUGCCCAUCAUCGCCACCAACAUUCGACAGCUUGACAGUGAUGUCCUUAACAGCUUUGUGGAGCAUGAGCGUCAGAUGGUUAUACAGGACAAACUGGUGAAAGAGCUGAACGAUGCUAAAAAUGCUGUUGAGGAGUAUGUAUACGAUCUGCGGGACAAACUUUGUGGCAUCUAUGAAAAGUAUAUCACGGAGGAGGACAGCAACCGGUUGACACUGAUGCUGGAGGACACAGAGAACUGGCUGUAUGAGGAUGGAGAGGACCAACCAAAACAAGUCUAUGAGGAGAAACUAGAUGCUCUCAAGAGGUUGGGUCAGCCCAUUCAAGAUCGGCACAGAGAGCACGAGGACAGACCGAGGGCUUUUGAGGAGCUGGGAAAGAAACUGCAGCUCUACAUGAAGUUUGUGGAUUCCUAUAGGCAGAAGGAUGAGCGAUACCUACAUUUGAGUGCAGAGGAAAUGAGCACUGUGGAGAAGUGUGUGAAUGAAAGCAUGGGCUGGAUGAACAGCAAGAUGAAUGCACAGAGCAAACUUACUAUAACUCAAGACCCCACUGUUAAAGUAGCAGACAUCAUUGCCAAAAUACAGGAACUGGAUAACGUAUGUAACCCAGUGAUCAGCAGGCCAAAGCCCACAGUGGAGGAGGCCCCUGAAGGGAAUGACCAAAACAGCGGAGCUCAUAAUGGCCCAACAGCCAAGCAAGGAGCAGAAGGGAAGGGAGACGCAAAGGGAAGCCAGCAGACAAAGCCUGGCACAAAAGAGAUGGAGGUGGACUGA